CGCCAGUUUCCCUCCGAAUUCCGCUUCUCCGGCGACCUCUCCGAGCCGGCGUUUGAUGAGCUCGCGGAGUUGGAAUGGAUAACGAAUUUGGGGGAAGAGACGUUCUCCAGCGAGGACAUCGAGAAGCUUCAUCUCAUCUCCGGCGUCAAGUCAUCAUCCUCCGGCACGGUGUCGGCGCCGAGCUCAGCCACGGGGACGCCGGCGCGUGGGAGAAUGCGCAGCAAGCGAUCGCGCGCGGCGAACGUCUCGUGGUCAUCGCGCCUCCCGAUUCUCUCAAGCUCAUCCUCAGAAUUGGAACCCAUCGCUGUGGCGGCACCGCCGCCUCCGCUGCCGCAGCCGAAGCCGGUGAAGAAGAAGGAUUUUUCGACGGCGACGGUGAAAAGGAAGUGCUUGCACUGUGAUUCGGAGGAGACGCCGCAAUGGAGGGCCGGGCCUAUGGGGCCAAAGACGCUGUGCAACGCGUGCGGUGUGAGGUAUAAAUCGGGAAGGUUGGUGCCGGAGUACCGGCCGGCGGCGAGUCCCACGUUCGUCGUCUCCGAGCACUCGAACUCUCACCGGAAAGUGCUCCAGCUUCGGCGCCAGAAGGAGCAGGAGCAGCUCCGGCUAGGGCCGGAGGAGGUCGUCAAUGCCGACGCCGAUGAGUUCUUGAUUCACGAUCACAUUGGCAUCGAUUUCCGGCAGCUUAUCUGAAGGUGAAGUAGAGCCUGAGCUUUGCUUUUUUAUUUUUAUUUUUCCUUUUUUUUAAAAAAAAACUUUUUAAAUUUCGUUUUUGAAGCGUUUGUUUUU